AUGUUGCAACAUGCCUGUCGUGGCGCCGCUGCGGGCCAGCGAGCCUCCGUUGGACAACAGGGCAACUUCUCACAUCAGCUCCAACCGCGUGGAACUUGGUACGACGGCGGUAAGUUGUUCGUGGGGGUCGCCAGUGAGUCUGCUCUGGUGGCCGUUGAACAGAAUGUCGCCAUGUCCAAUGAAAACCAGUACCUCAAAUCGCACGUGGAACAGAUAAAGGAGGAACUGCGGCAAGUUCGCCAAACCAGCAACCUACAACAGCACGAAAUCCAGGUUGGUCUAAUUGUUUUCCCCAUUGUUUUCCAACGAUCCCCUGCCGCCUUCGGUGAAUGA